AUGAAUGGCGAUGACAAUUCACCGCUACCCGUCAUUGGAGGCCAGACGACUGCACCCCUCAUCGAUGGAGUAGCUACGUUCCCCCAGCUCCAGGUCCUUCAACCAGGGGCGUACAAGCUUAUCGCUACUGCCGAUGGUGCACAAGCGGCUGAGAGUGCCCCAUUAGUCGUCACCCCACCAGCCUCCCGGAUUCUUAGGUUCUGCGAACAGCCGCCAGCGGUGGUAUUUGUUCCUCAUUUCUCCUCCGUACGAGUGGCAGUGGAGGUACUUUUGCCUACCGGGGGAAGAGACACAGGUUUCGCGGGCCAGAUGCAGCUCCAACUGGAAAACUUUGCUGCCGAGGAUGAGCUACUGCAAGACGUUUACAAAACUCAUUGCCACCAAGGCCUCUGCCUAUGGGACAACGUACUUCUCACAGGCCCUCCAGGAAGGCACCAACUGAAGGCCACAGCGGUGGACCAUACCGCAUCCGUGGAUGGCAUGCACAGACUUACUCGUCCUGCAGUCUCUGCCCCAAUUAUGUUCAAGGAAUUCUCCAAGGCCCAACCCCCAAAUACAGGCACGAGGGAUCCUCCUCCGUGGCAAAAGGAGUUAGAUAUGAACGUUACGCUCAAGUUUGCCCAAGCGGUCCCUGCUGAUGUCCGGGUAGGGCAACCGUGGGAUCUGGAGGUGAUUGUGGGUGGAGUUAACCCGACCCUCCCAAGAAGCAUUCUAUCAAGGGAGCGCUCUCUGCGGCAGCGAACAACAGCAGCGAAGGCGUCUGGCCGGGGUGGAUGGAACAGCUGGGCGCAAAAUAUCAGCUUUUUCAGCGUGCUUCAUCGGGGGCACUUUCUCAAUCGCCUCAACUAUAGGGGGCGAAGCAAGGGGCUUCAUAGCAGCAAGAUUUCCCUACAUAGACUUCAUGUGUCCAUAGCGAAGUCUUGGCCGGAAAAUUUGAUUUCCCUAACCGGCCGAACUUAUGCGGCAACAGACGACAACGGGCGAGGGACACUAAGUGGCCUAACACUGUGGCUUCAGGACCAAAGAGCCACCGCUUCUCUUCAGUCCCCUUGGGUUAAACUUCGCGUGGAAUGCGUGACUUGCGGCAUGUACAAAGGGCAGCUCCGUUCACACUUGGAGACGCCUCGGAUCUUUCUCAAUACUUCUUCCGUUGUUGGCGUGUAUAUUGACGUUGCCAGCGCUGCAUCUGCCCUUGAAAAAUGGCGGUCGGAAAAGAAGAUUUUGAAUGGGACACAUGAUACAAUCGCUGCUCUUGCCCUUCCUGGGCGUCCGGCACAAAUAUGUGUGCAGCUUUUCGACAGGCCAUUCUCUGACGUCCUUAUAAAAGCGCAGCAUGGUCUAGGGCUUGCUCUCCUGGGUGACGCCAGCAUUCGCAUCUCUCCUUACAUUUGGCCCAUGCCUGCAUGUUGGCACUUUGCAGCAGUAACAGUACGACAAGUGGAUAUGCAUCAUGCAGAGCAAAGAGUGUCCUUCCAGCUUUUCAGCGCCGAUAGUACGUUCAGCAGCAAGGGUGGGGUGCGCUGGAGAGGUAUGGCAGCUCCUGAUGGGUCUGUCAGGGUUGUUGUGCUGCCAUCUCGAUCCUUUCCUGGUCGAAAUCGGCUCCGCUACAUCCUUCAAAAUUCAAGGCCUAGUCAUAUUGUGAAGUUAAGUUCCGAUCAAUUCGGGCAGCCAAAGUGGAUAGAGGUGCGCUCAAGUCCAUUGAAGGGACGUGCCCGGAUUCUGGUAAAUCCGUGGUCAGCAGCAUCUCGACGAAACAAGCAACCAUCUGCUGCUUUAAUACGAUGGGUUGACGAAGAGGUUGACGCCUUUCUACAAUGGAAGGCUGUAGGUUUAGUUGUUGAGCUUGUGCCGCCGCAAACCUUGGUUGUGCUGGACAUAAAUGUCACCGCCCCGCCCGCCUCUAGCGUCGAUGUAACGGGACAGUGUAUGGAUACAGAUGCCGGCAACGCCCUCUUGGCAACAGUAAAUAGGUCAUUUCGCAUGCACAGCUCUAAAGAACUGUCAGACGCCCACGGGCAAGAAGGAUAUUCGGCCCAAAUGUGGCGACAACUGGAGGUACUGCUUGACUGGGAAAAACUAAGUCCAGCUACGGGAGGGCUGCUUCAUCACCACGUGGUUUGCGAAUUCCGUGCCAAGGCAGACGGCAUAAAACAGCAUUUGCGAAUUCUCCCCAAAGCGUCAGUAGACAUAAUUGUUGUCCGGAAGCAAUGCAAGGAAGGCGAGGUCUUCACCUUUCAGCGAAAUUCGUGCGAGCCUUGUCCAGAGGACUUUGAGUGCUCACUUGCCACUCUGAAGCCGUGCACUGCCGGAGAAGUCAGCCCUCUAGGAAGCCUCACUUGUCAGGUCUCGACCUCGUAA